AUGAAUUCAAUCUCUAUGGCUCUUGCUGCAACCAAAUGUUGGUUUAUAUGGAAAGAGAGGUGUCUUAGAAUCUUUGAGGAUAAGUCCAGAACUCCUGAACAACUUGCUUUGGACAUAACAUGUCACUAUGAUUACUGGCAUCCAACACAUUUGCACACCUUGGCUCAACCACAAGUCAGACACAUCGAACCUAUACCCUACUGGCAAUUCCCAGAAGUGAACACUGUUAAGAUAAACUGUGAUGCCUCUUGGACUUCUGAAAAUACUAAUGCAGGGUUUGGUUUUGUGAUUCGUAACUGGACAAGAAAUUUCAAAGGAGCAGUAUCAGGAAUCUUCAGAACUUCCACUGCUGAAGAAGCAGAAGCUCUAACUCUGCUGCAAGCUACAAAUUGGGCCAUCACAAACAACUUACAACAUCUGGUCAUUGAGGGAGACAACCAAGCAAUCAUAAAGUACUUACAAGGACAAGAUUCAGCAAUCCAAUGGAAAAGUCUGACAAUAUUGGAGGAAGUCAGGAAACAAACAGCAAGUUUAACACACUUUUUGGGUUUCAAUUUCGUAGACAGAAAAGCUAACGGAGUAGCUAAUCUUUUAGCAAAGAAUAGGAGGAAGAACAAUGACAACAUUCUUGGCUAG